AAUGUAACUGACUGUGAGGAAGUCCUCCUCUUCUCUCCUCCUCUAUCUGUCAAGCUUGCAGAGAAAUUUGAGGUUUUAAAGCCACACAUCAGCAGCUCACUGUAUAUAAUAAAGAUGGGCGAACAAGACUCAACUCACAGGCUAACAGGGGACCAAAUGAAGGAGCCGAAGGAAAAUGGCACAAGUGUUUCCCAGUUCUCCACCAGCGUACGCGCCAUGGUGCGAAUUCGCCAGAAGUACCUGGCCAUCAAGAAACGGCGUAUGGAGAGUGCUCUGAGCUCCAUGUCUUCACACUCACACAGCCCCAAGUAUUUCACCUUCGAGAGUUUCCCAGAGCCUGCUUCUCCACACAAACGCAAGAAAAAGAGGAAGACACGAAUCUUGUAUCCGAGCAACAGUUUGAGAGCUGUUCCAACCAAAGAGCGCAGCCGAGCCAAGAACUGCCUGUACCUGUUGUGCAUCAUUGUCUUUCUGCAGGUUUACAAUGCCAUCGAGAACCUAGAUGACCACGUGCUCAAGUACGACCUAGAAGGACUUGAAAAUACCCUGAAAAGGGAAGUGUUUGGACAACAGGAAGUGACCGAGGGCAUUCUUGGGCAUUUGCAAGAUUAUUUGUCAACUUAUGUUCACAAUAAACCUUUGGUGUUGUCACUUCAUGGAGCGACUGGAGUAGGGAAGAGCCACGUUGGUCGAUUGUUGGCACAGCAUUUCCGUUCAGUGGUAGGCGACCAAUUGGUAAUGCAAUACUUUGUGCUGCACCACUGCCCUACGGAUGAUGAUAUCCCACGCUGCACCACUGCUCUGGACACCCACAUCUCUGAAAUGGUCACUCAGGCUGAGGAAGUAGAGAAGAUACCACUCUUUAUCUUCGAUGAUGUGGAACACAUGCCCAGAGAGUUGCUUGACACUUUGCAAGGUCUGAUACGUCCCCAAAACAAUAACGAAUACUUAAAUGCAAUUUACAUUCUCAUUGGCAACUUGGGACAUGAAGAAAUCACCAAGUUUGUCCUUCAUAACUCUAGUGUCGCCGUCUCGGGCCGGUUGAGCUUGAGUCAAGAACUGACCCCUUGGUUGCGCAGCUACCUUCAGAGGUACCAUUCUUUAUUCCUGGAAGCCGAGUUCCUACCCUUCACGCUUUUAGAGAAAAGCCACGUAAAGGAAUGUUUUAUUGACAAGAUGUCUCAAGAAGGAUUCUACCCAGAUCGCCAGCAUGUAGAAAGACUAGCGGAAGAACUUUCAUACUAUACUGUUGGCAAGUGGAAAUUUUCGCACACUGGAUGCAGGCAGGUUGUAGCAAAGGUUAACCUUCUCUAAAACAAAUUCUGCCAUGCAGAUGAACAACAUGCAAGGAUAAUUCUAAAGGAGAGACUCAAUUGUGAGUAGGAUUGGGAACCGAGAACCAUUCCAUUUGUUUAAAAAUACGAGAACGGUAUGAGUUUCAUGACUUUUGGUUCAGAUAACGAUUCCCGAAUGUGUAAUUUCCACCGAUGCAAAUGGAGUGCUGCCCCCUACUGAAUAUCCAGCGAGAAACCUACAGUUGGCUUUUUUAGUGAUUAAAAAGACGUACAUAUUUUUAGGACCACCUCGAAAACGAAAUGGUUCAUCUCAAGGGGUUUAUCCUAAUAAAUAAAAUUGUCUCAAAUAUCAGUCAGAGCAGUUACUGAACUAAUAUUACUGACGUGCAAGUAAUGAUUUUCGUCAUCUCCAACUUGAAAUUAAAUCUUUUACUGUAUUAUAUAUUGUUAUUUGUUUAAAAUUAUUUAAUAUAUACAGUUGAAGUCAGAAGUUUACAUACACCUUAGCCAAAUAUAUUUAAACUCAGUUUUUCACAAUUCCUGAUAUUUAAUCGUAGAAACAAUUCCCUGUCUUAGGUCAGUUAGGAUCACUACUUUAUUUGAAGAAUGUGAAAUGUCAGAAUAAUAGUAGAGAGAAUGAUUUAUUUCAGCUUUUAUUUCUUUCAUCACAUUCCCAGUGGGUCAAACGUUUACAUACACUUUGUUAGUAUUUGGUAGCAUUGCCUUUAAAUUGUUUAACUUGGGUCAAAUGUUUUGGGUAUCCUUCCACAAGCUUCUCAAAAUAAGUUGCUGGAAGUUUGGCCCAUUCCUCCAGACAGAACUGGUGUAACUGAGUCAGGUUUGUAGACCUCCUUGCUCACAAACGCUUUUUCAGUUCUGCCCACACAUUUUCUAUCGGAUUGAGAUCAGGGCUUUGUGAUGGCCACUCCAAUACCUUGACUUUGUUGUCCUUAAGCCAUUUUGCCACAACUUUGGAGGAAUGCUUGGGGUCAUUGUCCAUUUGGAAGACCCAUUUGUGACCAAGCUUUAACUUCAUGACUGAUGUCUUGAGAUGUUGCUUCAAUAUAUCCACAUAAUUUUCCUUCCUCAUGAUGCCAUCUAUUUUGUGAAGUGCACCAGUCCCACCUGCAGCAAAGCACCCCCACAACAUGAUGCUGCCACCCCCAUGCUUCACGGCUGGGAUGGUGUUCUUCGGUUUGCAAGCCUCACCCUUUUUCCUCCAAACAUAACGAUGGUCAUUAUGGCCAAACAGUUCAAUUUUUGUUUCAUUAGACCAGAGGACAUUUCUCCUGAAAGUAAGAUCUUUGUCCCCAUGUGCACUUGCAAACUGUAGUCUGGCUUUUUUAUGGCAGUUUUGGAGCAGUGGCUUCUUCCUUGCUGAGCAGCCUUUCAGGUUAUGUCGCUAUAGGACUCGUUUUACUGUGGAUAUAGAUACUUGUCUACCUGUUUCCUCCAGCAUCUUCACAAGUUCCUUUGCUGUUGUUCUGGGAUUGAUUUGCACUUUUCUCACCAAACUACGUUCAUCUCUAGGAGACAGAAUGCAUCUCCUUCCUGAGUGGUAUGAUGGCUGUGUGUUCCCAUGGUAUUUAUACUUGCAUACUAUUGUUUAUACAGAUGAACGUGGUACUUUCAGGCGUUUAGAAAUUGCUCCCAAGAUGAACCAGACUUGUGGAGGUUCACAAUUUUUCUUCUGAGGUCUUGGCCUUAAAAUUCAUCCACAGGUACACCUCCAAUUGAUUCCAAUUAGCCUAUCAGAAGCUAAUUGGCUAAUUGCCAGAAGGCUUGACAUCAUUUUCUGGAAUUUUUCAAGCUGCUUAAAGGCACAGUUAACUGAAGUGUAUGUAAACUUCUGACCCACUGGAAUUGUGAUACAGUCAAUUAAAAUUAAAACAAUCUGUCUGUAAACAAUUGUUGGAAACAUUACUCAAGUCAUGCACAAAGUAGAUGUCCUAAACGACGUGCCAAAAUGAUAGUUUGCUAAUAUGAAAUCUGUGGAGUGGUUAAAAAAUUAGUUUUAAUGACUUCAACCUAAGUGUAUAUAAACUUCUGACUUCAACUGUAGUUAGGAUCAAUUAUUGGAUUGCAUUUAUGCCUCUAAAAAGUCUGUAUAAACAUGCCAUUUUUCAAGAAUUCUAUAAAGUGUAUUUCUGAUUUGUAUUUUCAGCGCUGUUGAAAUCUGAAAGAUCUCAUCAUUUGGCAACAGGCUGUUGACGGCAGUAAUUGCAAUAAGAAUUGCAUUAUUUAUUUCCAAAUAUUUCUUCCUCAAAAUUACUAUAGGAAACAUGAAUGGAACCGUUAAGGAACCACAAUCAUUAAGAAGAAUCUGAACCGGAAUUCCUUAUGAUUCCCAUACCUAAUUCUGAGCCAUUGUGAGGUGUUUGCCAUGGUGUUAUGUUUUAUUGUCACUCAUUUCACUUAUUGUACAUUCAACAUUCAACAUUCAACAUUCAUUUUUGUGAAACCUUGUUAUAACUGUGAACUAUGAUUGUAAAUAUUGUGUAAACAAACAAUAUAAAAUGUUUUAUUCUCAUA